CAAUGACAACAAGGAAGUGUCUGCAUACUGGUUUAAUCGCUUGCUGUUUUAUACGCUCUUCGUCAGCUCGGGAGCCGCGCAAGGUUGUAAAGACGCAGAAACUCAUGACUACCGCUUUAAUCGAUAAGGUGCUCGCCUGAUGAGGCCUGAGCUCGGUUUCACACAGCGGUCGUCCUUGCUAAGACUCCUAAAGACCAGCGCUCGAGCAGCUCCACACUGACCGGACGUCGCUGCCUAUUUAUAGCAGAAAUAGGAAAAUAUCCGGAACAUCAAACAUGCCGGGUCUAACGUGAAGGCUGAAGUUCCUCUGUAAUGCGGCUGUAUCCAGCCUGAACCAUGAACUCUGUGUCUCCCAGUGGCGUUCAGUACAUAGUGGGCGGCGGCGCUCAUGAGGACAAGCCCUCAGCGCAGUCCAGACGCCACAAUGGCCACGGAUCAGUGCCUGACGGCCUCAGAGAAGGCUCCGGAGAGCCCGAUGAAGUGGAUCGCCUGAAAGCCAAGUUCAUGUCCGCCUGGAACAAUGUCAAAUAUGGCUGGACCGUUAAAACUAAAACUACCUUCAACAAGACCUCUCCUCUGAUCCUCCUGGGUCAGUCCUAUCUGUUCAACAGUGAAGAUGAGGUGGAUGGUUUCCGGCAGGCGUUCGUGUCGUGUGUGUGGCUUACCUACAGGAGGGAGUUUCCUCAGCUGGAGGGAUCCAGUCUGACCACAGACUGCGGCUGGGGCUGCAUGCUGCGCAGCGGACAGAUGCUGCUGGCACAGGGGUUACUGCAGCACCUCAUGCCUCCAGACUGGAGGUGGGCAGAUUGUCAUCCACUGACAGAUGUGGAUUUUGAAGUGCUGAAGCCUCGCUCGCCCUCCCGUCCGGCUGCCAUGUCCCUUCCGUCUUUCAGUUCUUCCUGGACCAGCCCCAUUUCCCAGAGGGACCCGAGCUCUGGCAGCAGUGAGGGUCACAGGAGGACCCUGGGGGGGUGUCCUGCAGCCAGCAAUGAGCCUCAGGUGGAGGCUUUGCACCGAAAAGUGGUGUCUUGGUUUGGGGACCACCCCUCAGCUCCUUUUGGUGUCCACCAGUUGGUGGAGCUGGGAAAGGAGUCUGGGAAGAGGGCAGGGGACUGGUACGGCCCGUCCGUAGUGGCUCAUAUGCUGAGAAAAGCAGUGGCUAGAUCCGCUGAGUUUCACAACCUUGCUGUAUACGUGGCACAGGACUGCACGGUGUAUAAAGGAGAUAUCAUGAGGUUAUGUGAGCUGUCCGAGUCUGCUGGCACAGGCUGGAAAUCAGUCAUCAUUCUAGUGCCAGUACGACUCGGAGGAGAAUCGUUAAACCCCUCCUACAUUGAGUGCGUUAAGAACAUUCUCCAGUUAAAAUCCUGUAUUGGAAUUAUUGGAGGAAAACCCAAGCAUUCCCUGUUUUUUAUUGGUUUUCAAGACGAGCAGCUGUUGUAUCUGGACCCACACUACUGUCAGCCAGUGGUGGACGUCACCCAAGGCAGCUUCUCGCUGGAGUCUUUUCACUGUAACUCACCCAGGAAGAUGAACUUCAGUCGUAUGGAUCCCAGCUGCACCAUCGGGUUCUACGCGCAGACUAAGAAAGACUUCGAGUCUUUGUGUUCAGCGGUCAGUGAAGCUUUGUCAUCCUCUAAAGAGAAGUAUCCCAUCUUUACAUUUGUAGAGGGCAGGGGACAGAACUAUGGACUGGAGGGGCAGAGCGGGGGGUCUUUGGAUGGUCCUUCAAACAUUUUCUCAUGCAACAGGAUGAGCAGGAACAGUAAGAGAGGAAGCACAGAUGAGUUUGUGCUCCUGUGAGGAGCGUAUCGCAUGUAAAACAGACCAUACCCCAGUGAACCCGACAUCAUGAAACUGCUGUUCCUCAUGUCUGUGUACUCCAAAAUAUAAAGCAAACCUGGCACUGAGUUUCACAAGAAAACCUGUCCGAGUCAUAUUUCACCCCAGAACCGAAGGAAUGCAAAGAAAUUAUAUUUUGCAUAAAGAAAACAUUACAUAUUUUUAGAACCAUGUUGAUAUUUACCUAAUUAUUAAUGUGAAAAUAUAAUAAUUCUAAAAAUAAGGUUAGUUUUCUUAAUGCAUAAUAUACUUUUGAGGUGCGUUCCUUUGGUAAACUGCUCCUAAAAUGUGGCAUUUGUUCAUGAAUGGAAGAGGAGCACUUUCUAUUAUUGCUAUUUUUCAACUGAUUUAUCCACAUUAAAGGGAAAGUUCGACCCAAAAAUGAAAAUUUCAUAAAAAUGUACUCACUCUCAGGCCAUCCAAGAUGUAGAUGAGUGUGUUUCUUGAUUAGAACAGAUCUAGAGAAAUGUAGCAUUACAUCACUGGCUCACCAGUGGAUCCUCUGCAGUGAAUGGGUGCCGUCAGAAUGAGAGUUUAAACAGCUGAUAAAAACAUCACAAUAUAAUCCACAACACAAAUCCAGUCAUCAAUUAACAUCUUGUAAAGCGAAAAGCUGCAUGUUUGUAAAAAUAAAAUCCAUCAUUAAGGUAUAUUAGCUUUAAAAUGGUGCUUCAGGCCAAAAUACGUGACCAUAAUCCAUUUUUAUUUUUGCUUCGUCCAGUAAAAAGGUGCCUUUUCAUGCAGCUUUUCACCUCACAGUGUGUUAAUUGACGUACUGGAGUGUUGUGGAUUAUUGUGAUGUUUUUAUCAGCUGUGUGGACUCUCAUUCUGACGGCACCCAUUCACUGCAGAGGAUCCACUGGUGAGCGAGUGAUGUAAUGCUAUAUUUCUCCAAAUCUGUUCUGAUGAAGAAACGAACUCAUCUACAUCUUGGAUGGCCUGAGAGUGAGUUAAUUCUCAGCAAAAUAUCAUUUUUGGAUGAGCUAUUCCUUUAACGUGUAUAUAAACUCAUACACACUAACAUUUUGUCUCAUACACUGAACACGUGAUCCUGCUGUUGUGUUGCUGUCUUUAAGAAGGUGAACGGGUAGUGUUUUUCUUUUCUUUUUUUUCUGAGAUUGCUGUAUAACAGAGCUUGGAGGGAUUGUGGGUAAUUAGUAAACCUCCUUGUUGCUGUAUGACAAAAUGCUGGUUUUCUAAGUUGUUAAAUUGUAAAUCUCUCAGCUUGUGUGUGUGAACCGAGUGUGUUUUUGUUUUAAAUCAUUGUGCUUCAUUUGUCACCAGUUCCCAGCUUUCUCUUAUUUAAUUGUAUGUUGAAUGGGGAAUCACAGCCGUAGAACCUCCUCAAGCUCUAGAAGAUGUGUGGCAUUGAGUUUGAUGCUGGAAGCUGUCUGAAUAUUUGAUGUCUGAUUUGCUAUUACUAGUUCAGGUCAACAUUUUAUUUUUACAACUUGUAUUUUUAAGGAUUGUUAUGGAGAUGCAGUGGAUUAAGCUGAACUGCUGUCACUGUUUGAACAAUCGUUUCUGAAUAAUUGUAGAUUUUUUCAUUGUGUAUGUAUUGUCUUUUACAUUUUGAACUCAUUCCUGGACUUGGGACCAGUGAACAAGAGAUUAUGAGAUUAUACUUUUGUUUAUUUUGGACUUUUUUUUUCAGAAUUGGAAGAUGGAAAUUAUCUAUUAAAUGUAAGAGAGGAGUAAAUUGGUUAUAA